AUGUCUUCGGCAAAGAGAAACGAAUACCUCGAUUUUGGGCAGUCAGAAGAAUCGGACAACGACACAGGCUACGACUCCGAGGCUGCGGAGGUGUCGAAGGCGGGAAGAGCCAGCAAGCGGCGGAAAAUAGAUCGCGCCUCGAAGUACAGCGACGAUGAGGCAGACGCGGACGCGGUGACUGCUCCAGCUGCUGCACAGUCGACCUCUCAUACCACCACACAGCCACAACCAGAGGAUGACGAUGAUGAUCGGAGGCCGUCGGCAGCCAAGCCUGAGGGCGAGCGGGAGACAACUACAACGUCCGAGGCAGCGACAGCGACAUCGCAGCAACCGGCUAAAUCGAAAAAGAAGAAGGACAAGAAAGAAACCGUGCCGGGAGUGAUAUACAUGUCAUCAGUACCGCCGUAUCUCAAGCCAUCUGCGCUCCGCAACUUGCUGGAACAACGCGGAUUCAGCCCGAUCAAGCGGCUGUUCCUGUCGCCGGCGAGCAAGCAUAAAUCCGGAUCGAAAAAGAACUCGCGGCGGCUAUACACGGAAGGCUGGAUUGAGUUCGAAUCCAAAAAGACGGCACGACGGUGUGCGGAAGCCCUGAAUGCGCAGGUGGUUGGCGGGCGAAAGGGCGGGUUCUACCAUGACGACGUCUGGAAUCUAAAGUACCUCAAGGGCAUGCGGUGGGAGGAACUGAUGGCCGGCAUUCGAGAAGAAAAGAGAGAGGAAGAAGGUCGUCGGGACGAGGAGAGAAGAAUCAUUGCGCGCGAGACUAAGAGAUUUAUUGAGGGUGUGGAAGAAGGUCGUAGGAAGGAAGGGAUCAAGAGGAAGAGGGAACUCAAGGGUGCGGCUUCGGGCUCUGGUCACGAUAAUGAUGCCGACGUCAAGAGAACCUGGAGACAGGUGGAAGUUAAAGGCAAGAAUACGCCGCAGGGAAAGGACAGUAUCAGCGAAGAUGUCAAGGAGGUGCUGGGCAAGAUCUUUUGA